UACAUUUGUAAGACGUAUACAUGGAGGAAAUAUACCAAGCAUAACAUUAACAAGCAAUAAUACUGCUUAUAACGAUAUCAAUAUUUUUGACACAAAAAUGAUGAAAUGGCCAACAUUAAAUUUAUUCAAUAUCCCAUUCAAAGAUACUUGUAUAUUUUAUAGUGCUAUAUCGAAAGAUAAUCUUAUACUUUAUAUUGGUGGUAUAGGGGGCUUACAUGAGAGAGGAAUUUAUAAUUUACAAUAG